AUGAUGAAGUCAAUUCGUGCCAAUCAAAUUUCAGAUAAACUUUCCAAAGAAUUAAAAGACCAAGCAGAUAAACUUGAGAAUGACCUCCACAAGUAUGUCAACAAUGAGAAAAAAAUUGAUUCACAUUUUACAAAACCUUCCUCUUCGGAAAAUGAAUUCACCAAAAAUAGUAAUUCUUCAAAAACAACAAGUACUAGAAAACGAAACAGUUUAGUGAAGAAAUCAAAAGAACCAAUUUCUCUCAUCGUCAAAUUGGUAAUUGUUGGUUUUGUAAUUGGUUCCUUUGUGUUGUGGUACUUUUUCCCAGGAGCUUUUCGUAUUGUGUUUGGUUUUAUUAAGGUAUGCAUUGCUACUGGAGCUCACAUGGCAAGUUUAUUAUUCAAACUUCUUCCAUUUAAAUAA